CACAGGUCCGGAUAGCGUCUCGUCCUCCCGCGUCCCGCCUCGCUCCCUCCUCCCCCGUCGUCUUCUCCAACGGGAAAAUAGCCAUUACCGAAGGCCGUCAGCAGCGUUGCGUCGGGGAGGAUUUUUCACCGCGCGCGGUCCCGCGAUUGAUGCCCCCGCCAUGGCGUCCGUGGCGCUGUCCUCGUCGUCGCAGGCCGGCCUCCUCGUCCUCCCGUCGCCGCUCCUGAAGCCGGCCGUCGGCGCAUGCCUCCGCUACCGCCUGCCGAGGCUGCCUCCGGGGCUCUCGAGCGUGAGGAAGGGAGGGAUCCUGCCGCUGCCGAUCCUGGUGCCUCCCCGGGCCGUGGAGGGCAAUGACGGGCGGGCCGCAGUGACCAAGGAGGAGGUGGAGGAGGAGGAGGAGGAAGAGGAGGUCGAGGUGACCAAGGAGGGCGAGGAGGAUACUCAGGAGAGGGGAGGUACUACUGGUUCCACGAAGGAGGACGCGGCAAGGGGUUCGGAGCGGUUCGCGGCGGACUACAUCCCGCUCGGCAUCAGGGAGCCCGUCUACGAGGCGAUAGAAGUGAGAUCUAAUGGGAGGAUGUCCACCAAAAAAAUAAGCAGGCGGCAGCUACUGAAAUCUAGUGGUCUCCGCCUACGAGAUACUAGAAGCGUUGACCCAUCACUAUGGUUAAUGAAUUCAAUGCCUUCCCUGCUGGUACGUGAGCAAGCUAUUUUGCUCAAUCUUGGUUCCUUGCGAGCAAUUGCUAUGUAUGAGCGUGUUCUUAUAUUCAACUAUAACAGCCCAGGAGGGAAGGCCUUUCUAGGGUUAUUACUGCCUAGGUUAAAUCCAAGAAACAUCAAUGGUGGGCCUGCAAUGCCUUUUCAGCUUGAGGUUGUUGAAGCUGCACUUAUUUCUAGAAUACAAAGAUUGGAGCAGAGACUAAUGAAAAUUGAGCCUCAUGUGGCUACAUUGCUAGAAGUUCUACCAAAUCGAUUGACAGCUGAUGUGCUGGAGCAGCUUCGUCUAAGUAAACAAGCAUUGGUUGAGCUGGGUUCACGAGCAGGUGACCUCAAACAAAUGCUUAUUGAUCUCCUGGAUGAUCCUCAUGAAAUCCGACGAAUAUGCAUAAUGGGGAGAAAUUGCACACUUGAUAGAUUGAGUGAUAACAUGGAGUGCUCUGUUCCUUUAGAGAAGCAGAUUGCUGAAGAGGAAGAGGAAGAAAUUGAAAUGUUGUUGGAAAAUUAUCUUCAACGAUGUGAAUCAUGCCAUGGUCAAGCAGAGAGACUUCUGAAUUCUGCAAGAGAAAUGGAAGACUCGAUUGCUGUGAACUUAAGUUCCCGACGACUUGAAGUAAGUAGAGUGGAGCUGCUUCUUCAAGUGGGAACAUUUUGCGUUGCAAUAGGGGCAUUAAUUGCAGGAAUAUUUGGCAUGAAUCUUCAAUCAUAUCUCGAAACAAAUGCGUGGGCAUUUUGGGCGACAACUGGUGGAAUAGUUGUUGGAGCAGUAGCUGGAUUUUUCCUCAUGUACUCAUAUCUAAAGGCUAGGAAGAUAUUGUGAACCCUGUAACGUGUGUACGUUUGAAUUAUACUUAGAACUGUAAAUAAAGCAAUUUUGAUGUCGUUUGCACAUCCAGUGAUGGAUAUGCAUGCUUAUUCUUGAUAUGGUUUUGGGUGCUCCAAAUUA